GCCUAUAGGAAAACCACCCCCUGUUACCCGCAAACUCCAACGCUUCCAUCCCCUCUGACUCGGCCAGGGGGUGAACAUCCGAGUGUCGAACGCUUUUACUGUAUUCCACGGUGGCAACGAUACACAAGCAUGAGCGUCAUCAAGAGGACAGUCGUACAGUAUCACCUGCCUUCUUAAAGUCUCUACCAAAAAGAGGAGCGAAAUUUGUUUCCUGCUUGUGGGUGUUGUAAUACGGGAAUAAAUAAGAAAAUUCUAUUCGCACGGUGUUCAACUCAGACUUCUCAAGGUUGUGCACGUCGCCCUAACGAACGCCGAUACGUUUCGCUGGAAACUAUAGUCGAAGAAGAUUCAAAUUGGCGAACAUUCGGAUCGCUGUACAUUUUGUUUUUAGUGCAAGCGUACAUAGAUGCACGUGGAUUAUAAUAUGUAUCGUAGGGAUGAUUUAAGGAGAUUCGAAGAUUGUUGUACCAGCGAAUGUAUUGAUGCAUGACGUUGUCGAAAGUUGUGGGAAAAAUCAUUGAAAAGUUCCAAAUAAAGAGAACGAAGAAAAUUGCCAAUUUGGUCUGUACGAUGAAAAUAAAUGCAAUUCCUUUUAUGCAUGGGAAAGUAAAAAGAAGACUAAUGUGUACGCUUCCUGAACUUUCAAGAAAAUAAUGAUAAUAUCAACCAAACUAUGUACAUGCAAUUAAAGAGCGCAUUAGCAAGAACGCAAACACGAUCCAGCGCUAAUGUGAAAGCGAUAGAUGCGAGUGUCUAUCGCUUUCAAGAUUUGACCUGUUGUUCCUUGUUCUAUCAGAAUGUGAAAUUUCACUUAAAACUGUAGUAACAAAUGGACGUUAAUUAAACCCUUAGCGUGACGGUAAGGAUAUUGUUGGCUCACUCGUGACACUUAUAUUUUCACCGGCAUGCUCGUACACAUCUCUUGGUCAUGCUUCGUGAUUUACAGAGACUAAAACUAAACACACAAAUUUUUUCUAUCGAAGAUAAUACGAAUACGAAGUAUAAAUGAAAAUAGAAUGCAAAUAUGAAAGUUAAAGAAAAAAAUUCUUAUUAAAAUAAGAAUUUUUAUCAACUAUAACCAAUGUAUUUUUUAUCGAAUAAUUUUCCCAAUUGAAACGACGAUGCAAGGAAAGCUUAGAAAGAGAGCCGCCAGUCCUGAAGGACAAACGCGCGACAAUAUUCCAUGCGUGGCCACUAUAUAAAGAGGUGAAACUCGUGGAAAAGAAGCACUUUUGUUUCCCCAGUCUUUACGUUAAAACAUAUCUAGAAAUUUUACUAUCUCGCAGCGAAUUGUUACCUAAGUAGAUUUUUUAUUAAGAUGUCGCAACGACUCAUUUGCGCUCUGCUAACGACUAGCUUUCUUUGCUGUGCGCUCGCGGACAAUAAUGAAUUCGCCGCGGCUCCUGAAUUCGUUAAGAAACAGCUCACGAAAGAUAAACUGUUGACGGACGUCGUACGCGCUAAAAAUUCUUCCAAGACGCCAUAUCUGUAUAGCGUAGUGUCUGAUAACGCGCAACAUGAACAGAAGAAUUUGGAUAAAUAUUCACGAACGAUUAUUAAUCAGCGAUUGAAAUCCGAUUCAAGAGGUUUCAGUUGCUGCGGAUCCAGAUACGGUUCCAAUUCGUCAACGCGACCUGAUUCGUAUCACAGUAGGACCCCUGUGGACAACGGUCGAUAUCAAACUAAAUUUGCUGAACGUUUACCCACUGAUAGAUACGGCUGGCAAACUCACGGACCGUCACCAGGUUUAAGCGGAAGACCCGGAAGUGGAAGUUACGCUGGAACUGCGUUUUACGAAGGAAGUCAUACAGGAGAUAGAUUUGGUCCACGACCGAGUUAUGGGAGCGAAGGUUCACGCAAACCUGGUAGUUAUGAUUCCGGCGGAGGAUAUGGUUAUGCUGGCAGUGGUUUCGGAGGAUAUAGCUUUAAUCGACCAACUGGUUACGGAGGUGAUUAUGGAAUUUCAGGGACCUUCGCUAAUGGCGAUGAAUUCGGAUCUGUGGAGCCAAAUCGUCCAGAUGGACAUCCUCCUCCCCAUCCGAAUAUUAACGCGCAGAAGGCCGUCGCUUUAAAGGCAUUGGCAGGUGUUGCGUUAAUUGGUGCAGCCGCCGCUUUAGCAACGAAUCCUGUUCUUCUUCCGCUCGGAGUUGUAUCAGGCAGAAAGAAACGAUCGAGUUUGUCCAUCAAAGACAGAAAUGAUUAUAUGAAUUACAUUUUAACAAACUUGAAAAGUAACGUUACCAAGAAUGAUGAAGAUGGAAACAAAGUAUCUCUCUCACCGACGUGUGUAGCUAGAGUUACGUGCGAGAUUCAAAAGAAUUACUGGAUCAAUCGUAAGAAGGACGCUAACUUUUUCAAAGAAAUAUCAGCAUUGGAACAUCGUCUUAAGAAUUUGCUUCUAAACAAUGUACACGACGAUGAACUUGUGAAUAUGCGCAUUAGAAGAUUAGUAAGAGCGGCAACCAUUGUUGCCGUGAAUGGAGACAAUUGCAACGCAUUUACUUGUACUCUUGUACAAAUUAAAACAAGCAAGAAUCUAUCUGUUCUUAAACUAUAGAAUUUGUCAAAGAAUUGUAACUGGAUAUUCUUCUAAAUAUAAAAACCGACAAAAAAAUAAAGGCGUAAAAUUUUGCGCUGAUACGAAACACUAUCAUUAUUAUACUCAUUUCUCAUGGAAACGGAGAAACCGUAUGAAAAUACAGGAAUAAAACUAAUAUAACACAAAAUAUA